AUGCAUAAAGAAUACAGAAAACCUGGUAAUCGUUCUCCAACAUUUACUGUAUGUGAAAAUGAACCUAGAAUUAUCAUAGCUCAUACAAGUGCACAUCAAUUUGAAAUAAUAAAACGUGGUUUAAAUAAUUUUCUAGUCAUUGGUGAUGUUUAUAGAAGGGAUGAAAUUGAUAAAACACAUUAUCCAUGUUUUCACCAGAUGGAAGGUGUUAGAAUAUAUGAACCAGACGAAUUAUAUGGAGAUAAAGAAGGUCCAAAUAAAUUUAAUUUUUUUGAAAAUGGAGAAAGAACUAAUCAGAAACAGGAAUGUCAUACAAUUGAUGCUACAAAAAUACUUGAAUUUCGUUUAAAAAAUACAUUAGAAAAUAUAUGUCGUAUGUUAUUUGGAAAUGGGGCAGAAAUACGUUGGGUAGAAGCAUAUUUUCCUUUUACACAUCCCUCCUAUGAAUUAGAAGUUUUUUAUGAAGGAAAAUGGCUUGAAGUUCUUGGAUGUGGUAUAAUUGAACAAAAGUUAUUACAAAAUGCUGGAUGUGGAAAUAAAGUUGGAUGGGCUUUUGGAUUAGGAUUAGAACGAUUAGCUAUGAUUCUGUAUAAAAUCCCUGAUAUACGUUUAUUUUGGUCAAAAGAUACAGGAUUUUUGUCACAAUUUAAAGGAGUAAAACCAGAAGAUAAUAUAAUAUAUAAACCUAUAUCAUCUCAUCCCCAAUUAUAUAUGGAUAUAUCUUUUUGGUUACCUGAAAAUAUUUCAACAAAUGAUAUGACAUCAAAUUUUUAUGAUAUUAUUCGUUCUGUUGGUGGUGAUAUCAUUGAACAAGUAUCAUUAAUGGAUGAAUUUUUUAAUAAAAAUAUAGGAAAAACAUCACAGUGUUAUCGAAUUACUUACAGAAGUAAUGAGAAAAGUUUAACUAAAGAGGAAGUAAAUAAUAUACAUACAAAUAUUGGUAAUAAUCUUAUUAAUCAAUUUAAUGUUGUUAUUAGAUAG